CCUGCGCCAUCGCCGGAGCCACGCGUUGCCGGCACGCGAGGGGAGUGGCCCUGCCUCCGGGAAAGCGCGGCUCGGGGGGCCGCUCGGGGCUCAGCCAGUGAGAGGCCGGGGGAGUGGUGGAGGCAAGGCUCAGGCCGGGUACUUAGAGCAGCGCUAGCAGCCGGACCCGAUCUUCCUCGCUUCCCUCGCGCCGACGCUCAAGGCCCGCCGCAGCCGGGCGUUGUGGGGCCCCAGAGCGGCUACCCGGUUGUAUCAUGGUGACCCCUUGUCCUGCCAGCCCGGCCAGCCCCGCUGCGGGAGCCGGGAGGCGGGACAACCAUCAGAACCUCCGCGCCCCGGUGAAGAAGAGCAGACGCCCGCGCCUCCGGAGGAAGGAGCCGCUGCGGCCGCUGAACGCGUGUUCGCUCCCGGGAGACUCCGGCGUCUGUGACCUUUUCGAGUCCCCCAGCUCUAGCUCGGACGGCGCGGACAGCCCAGCGGCGUCUACGGCGCGGGACUGCAGCUCCUUACUCAGCCCUGCCCGGCCCUUGACCGUGCUAGAUCUCCAGACCUUCCGAGACUACGGCCAGAGCUGCUAUGAUUUCCGCAAGGCGCAGGAGAGCCUUUUCCAUCCGCGGGAGUCGCUGGCGCGACAGCCACAAGUGACAGCAGAAUCCCGCUGUAAGCUGCUCAGUUGGCUCCUGCCUGUCCACCGCCAAUUCGGCCUCUCAUUCGAGUCUCUGUGCCUGACGGUGAACACUCUGGACCGUUUCCUUCUCACCACCCCGGUAGCUGCGGACUGCUUCCAGUUGCUCGGGGUCACCUGCCUGCUCAUCGCUUGCAAGCAGGUACCUCCACCAGGCGCAGGGUGGGAUGUGUUUGGAGCCAGCCUCUCCCCCAAU